GCCUCCCACCCUCACCUUUCCAAACCAGCCAAUAGAAGAGGCCCGUUGAGCUCUCCUCGCGCGGAGGACGAGCCACACAGGUAACUCAGGGAAAAAAAUAGAAAGGAGAGGAGGAAAAAAAAAAACUCCAGGGCUUGUUAUGGAGUUCGUGUGAAAGAAACACGGAUUUGCACCCUUCUUUACCAGUUAAACCAGUAUCUCUGGAUAGAACACACUCAAGUACUUCAACAGGUAGAGUCUCUGACCGCAAACUCUUUCGUGGCUCCUCUGAAAAUAAUCUCCCACCUCCUUUUUUUUUUCUCUCUCUCUCCGUUUACCUCAAUUGAGUUUCCAGCCCUUUUGUUCGCUCUUCUUAUCACUUGGAAAAAGGUGAACCCUCGUGUUGUUUUUAUUUUAAUCUUUGCUUUAAUUGUAGUUUUUACCCUUGUGGUCCCUGAUGGCUUCGCACAGUGAUACUCUGGUGGUGUUCUUUGGGGCAACAGCUGGUGCAAAUGGGGGUAAACUGGGUUCGGAUGAGAGGGAAAUAAUUCUCUUGGUGUGGCAAAUUGUGGAUCUACAUGAGAAAAAGGUCGGGAAGCUUCACAGAUGUCUCGUGAAGCCAGACACGUUGGAGCUGACGGAUCCGUGUAAAGAGGAGACGGGGCUGACUGUGGACGACAUCCUCAAAGCUGAGCCGCUGGACAAAGUUCUGCAACAGUUCCAGCAGUCGGUGUCAUCAGAAGUGAAAUGCCUCGGCAGAAGCUCUUUCACACUUUGUGUCGACAGUCCUCUCGUCAUCCGACAGGCCCUCCACCCCGAGGCUUCCAAAAAGAAUCUUGUCCUUCCUCAAUGUUUCUUUUCAUUUGUGGAUGUGAAGAAAGAGUUUCACAAAUGCUGCCCCAAUGCCAGCUCUGUGCAGAAGCUCACACCCGCCUCCAUGUUGGAAUAUGUUGGUCUCCCUGCUGUGUCAGAGCAGUCAAUGGGGGGGAUGGAGGUGAGCAGCAUGGCGCAGCUGAUACUCCACAUCCUGGCUGAGCCUCACAACCACGAGUUCUCAUGUGUUGAAACCGUGAAGUACAAGUUUGAUUCCGGCACAUGCAGCAAGACGGAGCCGGUGGACAGUGAGACGGUGAUCAGAGCGCGAGGGCUCCCAUGGCAGUCCUCAGACCAAGACAUUGCUCGCUUCUUUAAAGGCCUCAGUAUUGCCAAGGGUGGCGUGGCCCUGUGUCUCAACGCUCAGGGCAGGAGGAAUGGCGAGGCCUUAGUUCGCUUCAUCAACUCAGAACACAGAGACCUGGCCCUGGAGCGCCACAAGCACCACAUGGGCAGCCGCUACAUCGAGGUCUACAAGGCCACAGGAGAGGAAUUCCUCAAGAUUGCUGGAGGUACGUCGAACGAGGUGGCCCAGUUCUUGUCCAAAGAGAACCAGGUGAUCAUCCGUAUGCGGGGGUUGCCAUUCACCGCCACCGCCCAGGAAGUGCUGUCCUUCCUUGGACCCGAGAGCCCAGUUACAGAUGAUGCCGAGGGUCUGCUCUUCGUCAAGUACCCUGACGGACGGCCCACUGGCGAUGCCUUCGUGGUCUUUUCUUGUGAAGAGUACGCGCAGAACGCCCUGAAGAGGCACAAGCAGAUCCUGGGGAAGCGGUAUAUCGAGCUUUUUCGGAGUACUGCAGCUGAAGUGCAACAGGUCCUGAACCGCUACAUGUCCGCGCCUCUGAUCUCCACACUUCCCCCUUCACCCAUCAUGCCUGUCCCCGUUCUCGCCACACCCCCCUACCUUCCAGCGGCCAGCAGCACCCGCGACUGUGUCCGCCUCCGCGGCCUGCCCUACACGGCCGGCAUUGAAGAUAUCCUGGAGUUCAUGGGAGAGCACACCGUUGACAUCAAACCCCAUGGAGUCCACAUGGUCCUCAACCAACAGGGUCGGCCCUCCGGUGACGCUUUCAUCCAAAUGAGAUCCCCUGACAAGUCGUUUAUGGUGGCCCAGAAGUGCCAUAAAAAGACCAUGAAGGACCGGUAUGUCGAAGUGUUCCAGUGCUCCACAGAGGAGAUGAGCAUUGUGUUGAUGGGAGGAACCCUGAACCGCAGCGGCCUCUCCCCUCCACCCUGCAAGCUUCCCUGUCUAUCUCCCCCCACAGCCUAUGCUGCCUUCCCCACCCCGCCUGCCAUGCUUUCCGAGGCUGCCCUCUACCAGUCCCCCCUGCUGGCUGCUCCCAGACCACAUCACACGGUCACACACAGCCCAGCUCACACUCUGGCCUACUACCCCCCUCAGCCGCACAUGUAUAUGAAUAUGAACAUGAACUACACCGCUUACUACCCCAGCCCCCCAGUUUCUCCUUCCACAGUUGGCUACUUUGCAGCCCCACCGGGAUCAGUGGCAGCAGCAGUCGCAGCCCAACCCCAUCCUGCUGCAGCCACCGCCUCUUCUGUGCUGCCUCAGCACGGUGCACUGGUGAGGAUGCAGGGCCUGCCCUACAACACUGGAGUCAAGGACAUUCUCAGCUUCUUCCAGGGCUACCAGCCAUUUGGAGGACGGCAUGAAAUCGAGGGGUCGCAGCUGGAAGGCGGCACCAGGUGGACACAUGCGGUCCCGCAGCUUAACUGGAGAGGCCAGACGCACAGCCAUCGCACAUUAAAUAUCAAAUACGCCCCUGACGAGUACAGCAGCAUGGUUCAGAUGAGCGAACAGGCCAGGAGUCUGAUUCAGCCCAAAGAAUGGCUCUGUCUUUAGGGACUCACCCCAAGCUCCAGCCAGACGCCGUCCUCAUCUUGUACAACUUCAGCGGCCAGUGCAGCGGCGAGGCCUUGAUCACCUUCCAUAGUGAGGACAUCGCCAGGCGGGCCGUAGCCGAGCGCUCCAACCACCCCUUCUACGGCCAGCAGGUCCACUUGGUCCUAUGUAACUGACCACUAGCCGUUCAUCUCUCGCCGCCUCCUCCCUUAAUUUAAGCUCACAUUGAGGUGCAUUCUCCUCGAAAGUGCCUCCAACAGAUUUUCCAGUUGAUCCCAGUGCCAUUUAAAAAAAAAAAAAAAAAAAAAAAAAAAAAAAACGGCUGUUGAAGCGCUUCCUUUCCCAUGAUCUGCAAUUAUUAACACAAAACUGACGCUGCUGGCUGUGUCAUUCCUGAAGCUACUGUUUGAGUUCGGACAUCCACUGGUGAAGCAGCUGAAGUCGGUAAAGCUUAAUGUUGGGUUAAUGACUUUGUGGAUGUCACGCACAGCAUUUCUGUGCGUUUGUGUCUACUGUAAUAGCUGGUUAGACGGUGUAGAGCCUGGACAAAUAUGCAUGUAUAUUUAAAUGCCUUAUCGAUGUGUCCCCCGAUACGACUGUACAGAUGUUCAUCCUGAAAUGCUUGAGGCUGUACAAACCACUUCUGCAAACAAUCUUUUCUGUUUAUUUCAUCAUUUUCACUCUUAACCACUACAAGAUUUUGACUUUUCAUGACUUGACUUUUUAUGAUCCUUUGUGUUCGCUCUAUGCAAAGUGUAUAUGUGCGUGCACAAUGUUUAUUGAGUUGAUGGUCUCCAAAAGUGUAGUGGUGCCAUUAGAAGAGAGAGAAAGAAGCCAUAUAAAGACUUGCUGUACUUCUCAACUGUCGUGGAUUAAUUUGAAUUAACCUGCAGAGACUGUUGAUUAAUACUACAGCAACACCACAGAUGUGCCAGUGUACCAUCUCAUUUGUAACUAUUUUUUUCUGUAAAAAGCAUUUAUGUGUGACAUGCAGCAUGUCGUCCCAUUUAGAUAUUUUCCAAGCACUACAGAUUUAUUUGUUCCAAAGAGUUAAGUGACCGAGUGUCUUUAACAGAGUAUGACAAAUCGAUUCUAUUUUUAUUAAUCCCAUUUCCGUACAAUGUUUUUGGAGAUGAUGUUAUGAAAUAUUAAGGACAAAGUCAUAUCUUUUUCUAAUGACCGACCGCAGCUACUAGAUCUUUUCCGUUUUGGUUUCCAGUCUAUAGCUGCAUUAAUUCCUGCUUAUGACCAGAGUACUGUGUAAAAGCUGCAUGAGUUUUUCCUGUGACAGGCCUACUGACAGCUGUCUCAGUUUGUCCCAUCCCCCCCUUUGCUGUGCCUACAGUACCCAGAGUGCAAUACUGGCCCAAACAAGGCUAAGUCAACUUCUGGUGGCAGAGGAGAUAUUUGUUUGUUUUGUUGCAAGUUUGACACUUGUAUGAAUUUAGAUCUGUGUAUAAAACCAAACAAUAAAUGAUUUUGACUAUG